AGAGCCGCGCGCCGGAAGCGGGCCGUGCCGCACGGAAGCCGCGGGGGCGGGGCGCGGAGGCGAUGGGGGGCGGCGGCGGCCGGCGAUGAGCGGCGGGCGCGCGUGAGGAGCCGGCGGGCGAGGCUGGGGGGCCCCGGAGCGCGAGCCGCAGGGCGGAGGGCGGGGGCGCGAGCGCAGCGGGCGGCGGCGGCGGCGAGGCGGCGGCCGAGAAGAUGGCGGACGGCGACAGCGGCAGCGAGCGCGGCGGCGGCGGCGGCGGCGGUGGGCCCGGCGGCUUCCAGCCCGCGCCCCGCGGCGGCGGCGGGCCCGGCGGCGAGCAGGAGACGCAGGAGCUGGCUUCGAAGCGGCUGGACAUCCAGAACAAGCGCUUCUACCUGGACGUGAAGCAGAACGCCAAGGGCCGCUUCCUCAAGAUCGCCGAGGUGGGCGCGGGCGGCUCCAAGAGCCGCCUCACGCUUUCGAUGGCGGUGGCUGCCGAGUUCCGCGACUCGCUGGGCGACUUCAUCGAGCACUACGCACAGCUGGGUCCCAGCAGCCCGGAGCAGCUGGCGGCGGGCGCCGAGGAGGGCGGUGGGCCGCGCCGCGCGCUCAAGAGCGAGUUCCUGGUGCGCGAGAACCGCAAGUACUACCUGGACCUCAAGGAGAACCAGCGCGGCCGCUUCCUGCGCAUCCGUCAGACGGUGAACCGCGGCGGCGGAGGCUUCGGCGGGGGUCCGGGGCCGGGCGGCCUGCAGAGUGGCCAGACCAUCGCGCUGCCCGCGCAGGGCCUCAUCGAGUUCCGCGACGCGCUCGCCAAGCUCAUCGACGACUACGGGGGCGAGGAUGACGAGCUGGCCGGCGGCCCGGGAGGCGGCGCUGGCGGCCCCGGGGGCGGCCUGUACGGAGAGCUCCCGGAGGGCACCUCCAUCACGGUGGACUCCAAGCGCUUCUUCUUUGACGUCGGCUGCAACAAGUACGGGGUGUUCCUGCGAGUGAGCGAGGUGAAGCCAUCCUACCGCAACGCCAUCACCGUGCCCUUCAAGGCCUGGGGCAAGUUUGGAGGCGCCUUCUGUCGGUAUGCAGAUGAAAUGAAAGAAAUCCAGGAGCGACAGAGGGAUAAGCUUUACGAGCGACGCGGUGGGGGCAGCGGCGGCGGCGACGAGUCCGAGGGUGAGGAAGUGGAUGAGGAUUGAAGCGGGCAGCUUCCCAGACUGGCCUCCCCAACCCCACCACCAUCCCCUUGGCUAGAGAGUUCCCUUUCCUACUCGUCCCCAGUGAGCUAGUGGAGAGGGAUCAGGGGAGGCCGCAGACGAAGAAAACAAAACAAAAAAAUAAAAUAAAAUAAGAUAAAAUAAUAUAGUUAAGAGAAAUAACCGUAAGAAAAGUCACAGACAAUUAGAGAAAAGCAGUUAAGUUCCAAGGAACUGCCAGCAACCUGCAAAGAGGACAGCAGCAUCUCCUCACCUGCGCAAGAGUCUCAGCUUCUGUUGUUUAAAACCGAGGUUCGUAAAUUCAUCAGGAAAACGUUGGAGGGGAUAGACAGAUCUUCGAACGUCUGGGACCAAAACCACAUCUGGGUUACCCAGACGCAUCCAUUGGUAAUAGUUGAAUUUGUGUUCUACCUGGGUAAUCUGGUUUUAGGAUUCCUCCAGGCCUCACUGCUGCAGCAUCUAUCCCUUCACCUCCAUCGAAAUCAGCAUUUUGGAUCUAGGUCUUAAUGGAAUCUUUGAGAAGAAAGAGGCCUUUGCAGUUACCCAGUUCUGAGGGUACAGGCUUACGAACAGGAAUGCAACUUUACACAAUCAUGGACAGGGCAAGAGAAGAAUUCAAGAAGCCAUUGGAGAAUUCAAAAAUUGGAUCCAUUUUAAAAAAUGGUUUUGCAUGGAACCUGGACCAAGGCCCCUGUCUUUUCUUUGCAGAAUUGUUUUCCGGGAUGCAAAUGAAUUCAGAUAUCAAAGCUUGAACUAGAAUCCAUUACUAAAACAGUUUAAAAGUUGGCAAAUUUUUUUUCAAAAAAGUAAUUUUACAAUGGGGAUUGCUGAGGUAGGCACAAGAAGUCAGGCAUAAAGCACAAGGCGGACUGUUUGAGUGGAGUGGUUGCUGCUCACUAAAGUUCUUCCCUUGAUCUCUUAAGUAUGGAGGUCAUUACCAAGAAAUGGCUUAACAUGAGUGAGAGCUGAAUCCCAAUGGCUCCACCAUAUGAGCUAGUGAAUUAUGGCUAAUUCGGCUGUUACAGCCACUGGCUGGCUGCAUUUUAAACCUUAAAACUUGACUAUCUGCAAAAAAGGAACAGUGUGGCUACAAGCCUGAGCUUUAAUGAAAUAUACAUCCUCACAGAGAAGUUGGAAAUAACAGAACUGAAGUCUUAGUUUACCUUCAGUUUAAUCUGUGGAUUUAUUGAAAUACUGACGAUCCUCAGGUCCAGAAUUCCAGCAUCAUUUAUUCUUUUAAAAUAAAUUUUUAAGGACUUGAUCCAUCGUAUUCAGUACCUCACAAUCAAAGUUGGCAAAUGAUGGAUGAUUCAAGCAUUGCACCCGGUGGAAGCUGAAUCCAUCUGUGAAUGGAACUGAAGUGAACACGAAUGCUGACUCUAUCCUGGAAGCAUUUUUAUACCAUCUUGAAAUUUCAACAAGCUGGCAUUUGCCGGUUUAUCCAGCUGUCUUUCAAGAAUAAAAGUUGGGGUUUUCAAGGAUCGCCUCUUCUAUAUUUUAAAUGGAUUUUCAGUAUAAAUGAUUUUUCUAACCAAGUUAAUCCCACCCCAUCAAAAGGUAUUCCUAGAAAUGUCAUAGACCUAGGCAACUUUGAAUUGAAUGGGAGCUAAUGUUCUUUCCAAAGUCUUUCAGGUAUUUGUGUGACACCUUCUCAAGAACCAGGAGGCAAGUAACCCCACCUCCACAAUCUUGGUAUUUUUUUUUUUAAACUGCAUGCCUGCCCUUUAUUUGAGCUGCCUUUUUAAUUUAUUGCAUAUCCUUUUUAUUAUCUUAUUUUGGUAUUAUUCAAUCUAUACAAUCUUUUUGUAUUUAUUGGGAAAUAAGUAAUAUACAAAAAGGUCAUUUUUGUGUCUGUGGCUGAGAGGGAGGGAAAUAUUUGUGUAUAUAAAAUUAGGCUUUGAAAAAAAAUAGAUUCAGAAUAUUGUUGAUCUUAGACUUAAAAAUGGAAGAGCCACAAACAUUGGUGCCCUUACAGACUAUUUCUCUACUCUCAUCAUCCACAGUAGAAUUUUUAAACAGAUUUUUUUAAAGCUUUUCUUUUAAAUUUUUCUCCGUUGCAAAGAAUGUUUCCUAAAUUGUAUGGGAGCAAUAGUAUUUUUGAUGUUCUAAUGACAUCCGUAUACUUGUACUGUAUUUUGUACUACAAGGCAGCUGUUUUCAAUAAUGUCCUGCUGUAUUUACCUAUGUGUUUUGAGUGUUUGUUUCUUUGCUGCGGAGAACAAAUUCCUACUUUUAGUAAAGGAGCUGAGAAGCUAGCAUUAGGUUUGCAGAAACUGUUUAUAGUUUCAAACUCUGAGGCAGCAAUGAAAAUUAAGGUUGCAGCUAUUCGUUGAUUGCUGUAACGUUUUCAUUUUGAAAUCAUGUACUAUUCCUGUAUAGACCAACUUGUUUUCUUGCUUCAGUGGUGGUUCUGUUGCUCAGCUGCAGUGAGCCAGUUCAAUUUUGCAAAGGUGCAGUACCUCUCCUUUUCAAGGGGUUGGUUUUUGUUUUUUUGUUUUUCUUCUUUUUAUUUGGCUGAAUUGCAGUAACUAGCCUUGCCUUUCUAUUCUGUAGAAAUGACAGGGUCUUCACAAUCCUUCACCAGUGGCUACUAAGCUAUAAUUAGCUGAAUAGAAAGAAUGUGGAAGUGGUCUGAGGCAUAUAGAGUAUAUGCCAAGAACACUACCAUAUAUGGCAUCAGCUUUGGUUACCAGAGAAAUUUUCUUAGUCAUUAGACCAUAUAACAGUAAUAUAUCAUAUGUAAAUCUUUAGAUUUCAAUUUGAGAAUCCUCCAAAAAAAGGAGCAAAGAAUGCAUAAGCUAUGUGUUGGCAAAAGUAAUUUAUAUUAAAAUUUUGACCUGCCUUUGUAAGAUUAAGUGGUAAAUGUCAUAGUGGUGGGUUUUUACGUCUUAACCAAUCUCUGGGGUUUAUUUUUCCUGCAGGGGAUGGUUCAUGGCCUCUGUUCCCACUGUAGGAAGAUAGCAGAAGGAUGGGGAUUAAUUGUAGCAUUUCACUGAUCCUCAUCCCAGGGACUAAGGACAAUAGAAAUCUGCAAACAUGGAGAGUCGGUCAUAAAUAUUAGCUUUUUGAAGGUAUUGGUCUUUGUUAAUUUCUGUCAGAAAAUGGCAUUGUACAAAUUAUGGGAAGCAACCGACUUUUCUGUUCUGUUUUUGAAGUGCUACUAUGAACGAUUCAGAGUUGUUUUUUUUUUUCCUUUUAAAUUUGGCAGAUAUCCCAGCUAAUGAAAAUAGUCACAUUCCUGAGAAGUUGGAGCUAAAACUCCAAUUCACAUUGUUGAAAUGUUUGUUUCUCAGGCUACUGUAUGUAGAAAUGUGUUUUUAAGAAAAUCAAAUGAGGAAAAAAAAAAUCUAUGCAGAGACCCUACUACUUUGUGGUUUCUAUUGUCCCUACACAUCAUUUCAGCAAGUCUAUAAUGGCAGUUCUUGUCAGCAAGUCCUUCAGUGCAUAUGCUGCACAAAACAAAACAUAAAUCUGCAUGGCACCAAAAACCAAACAAAAGCAAACCAAAAACCCAGACACCCUAUGUAUCUGUUGGAGGCAUGUAGGUGGUACAAAUGACUGUAGCCAUGAGCACACAUGGCUUCUUGUCAUGUCACUUUCCAUAAUUAUUUACUGCAAAAUGAUUGAGAGGCUUUUGGUGCAGGCAGCCAUUAGCCUCCUGCUUCCUUUGUUACCUCUGGAUCACUUUGCAGUAAAUUGCAGGUCUUUUAAAAGAUUCAAGCUUCGGUUUUCUCAAAACAAAACAAUUAUCCUGUCUUACCUGAAAAUGCAGGGUUGUGGGCAAAAGAGGCUGGUUAUAAUAAUGCCCUCAUAUUGAGUGGUCUGUAAAUGGCUGCACACUUCAGGCACUAGAGUUGCUAAGGAUGCUUUGUUAAUUUGACCUUGACUGGUUUUACAGGGGUGUAGAACAGUCUACACAGGCGACUAUUUGCAUCCAUCUUGUUCUCGAGGUGGAUGGAAAUAAGAAAAGGCUGGAGUGUGUAAGUCAUGCACAUAAGUAUUCUUCACUGUAAAUUUUAUUUUCAUUUUUAACCCAAUUAUGGUACUUUGUCCAAUGCACAACUGAUCUCUCAGUAGAUAUUCAUUUGAAAAUAGUGUGGCCUUGACCAGUAAGAAGGGGAAGAAGUGACUUACACUUGUGUUAAGAUGACCUAUUUGCUGAGAGUGGUCAUUCUGCAGCACUCUUAAUGUCAUGUUUUGAUUAGAGAGAGUUAAUGUUUUUGAUCCUGAAUUGAGUUUUCUUCUAUUUUUAGGAAGUAUCAGAAUUGCUCUGAUGAGUAACAAAGUUGACUGCUUUGAUGUCCAAUCUCAGGUUUUAAAAUAUAGUGGUAUAAAAGCCCACUCUUACUAAUUCUUAAGACAAUUUUGAUUUAGUAUACCCUAAAAGUCACAUGCAUAAUAAGGCCUGUUCAGAGAGCAGAGCCUCCAUCUUUUUGCUCCUUUUCCAUGUUGUAUUUCACUUGAAAAGGUGUCAAGUGACUUUGCAUUGUAUAUUUCCAUUUUAACCCUGACAUAGUUCUCAAAGAUAAAGCACUUUUUGAACAUGAAAUACAUGGAUAAUGUGUGAUGUGGAUCAUGGUUUCUCAGGCCCCUAGAUAAUCCACUUCUGAGUAUUGUUCUAUGUAAGGAGAAUAGAGAUCUUUGCUAAUGUUAGAAAGUUUGUAUUCUUGAUUAGAAUACAUUUGCUAGUUUCCAAUGGAUGGGAGAGUAAACAAUGCUGCAUUCACAAUUUAAUAAGUUGCUUUCCCUUGAGCCUUAAGGUAAUUUUUUUUCUGUCAACAACAGCACUGAAGUUAUAGUAAGUGAAUGAGAUUAUCUGUUUUCAGGGUUGGUUUUAGAGUACUGUAAAUUAAUUAGCUGUCUUCCUAAAGAGUCAUAACUCCCUUCAAUAGAUUGAAUGGUGGGUGUGGGGAGGGGGGCUAGGGAAGGGAGGGAGGUAGUUUGUAGAAAAGAAAAAAGAAAAAAAGCUACAUUUACCUUAAAAUACAGA